AUGAGUAAGAAAGUUGAUAUCUUUGCUUCACCAAAACAGCCUUCCCUUUUUCCGCUGACGAUAGAAUGCCCAAAUAUCUCCAAGGAAGAUUACAAUCUCUUUUACCAACACGAGCGUCGACUAUUCACUUACUUGCUUGUAUUUCUACAUCGAGAUAUUGUCGAGUCAACACUCGUGUUGGGUUUCUUUAUAUGGUUAGAGAGAGAAGGGUAUACCUCUAAGAAUCUUGUUCGAACGAUGGUUGAUUCUUUGUCCUUGAGCACCAUUUCUAUAAUCGCUGAUGAGGUGGUGACUUGUUUAAAGUGCAUAGAGAAAAAAGGAAAUAAAUUCAUACUUGAGGGAAGCGUGAAAUAUGAUAUUUCAUUGCUUAACAAUCUUUUGGAUCGCAAGAGGAUCUGUCUAAAGGAGUUACAAGAAAAUCAAAAUUGGAUUUUCAGAGAGGUGUCUCAAAUAGCAAACGAUGUUUAUGGUAAGGCAUUGAAAGACAUUUUGCAGCAAUUUAUCAGGUAUGGCACGCGAUCUACUAUGGUUCCCCCGAAGGAGGUUAUUACUGGAGGAUCUCGAUACUUGGGCCAUCUUGUUCCUAAUCCUACUUAUGAGAUUAACAGCUAUCUUGGAUUUCGCCCUGAAUUAGGGUUUGCGACACACCAAGAUUGGCCAAUGGUUGCUUUCGAAAGAGCAAAUGGUGCUUUGCUAACUCCGAUGUUGGAUUUUGGGCAACAUAAAGAUUUAUGCCUUAAUUCUCCAUUGACCAUAAGAGAUCUAGAUCAUGAAAUACCUGCGGAUGAUCGAACCGUAUUUCUUACCUUUUCAAAAGGGUAUCCCAUUUCUGAAAGUGAAGUCAGAGACUACUUCACUAGAAACUUUGGGGAUUUCAUCGAGGCGAUUCACAUGCACGAUGUAGGACCAGAAGAACAACCCUUGUAUGCUCGAAUUGUUGCUUGCUCGCCCUCGAUGGUAAAUACCAUUGUUGGGAGAGAUGGUCCUGAAGGAAAAUCCAAGUACAAUAUCAACGGCAAACAUGUAUGGGCGCGGAAGUAUGUGAAGAAGAAGCCAAUUAGAUUGUCACUGACACAACCAACCAGUAGCGAGGUCACAACACUGCCACAACCUUAG